AUGGGUCGUCGUAAAAUUGAGAUUGAGAUGGUGAGAAACUCAAACACAAGACAAGUCACAUUCUCAAAGCGUCGAACAGGUCUAUUCAAGAAAGCAAAUGAAUUAUCUAUUUUGAGUGGAGCAGAAGUAGCUAUUGUCGUGUUUUCUCCAGGGAAUAAGCCAUACUCAUUUGGUCACCCAGAAGUUGAUGUUGUCGCGGCCAAGUAUCUUCAACAAGAUCCUGAAUCAAGUGACUCCGAAGGAGACCCCUCUUUUGAUGCUUCCAAUAUGAACGAGUUGAAUCUAGAACUUGUAGAGGUAUUGACCCAAAUUCGUGAAGUUGAAAAGCAGACUGAGGCAUAUGAUAAGAUCCUAAAGCAAAAUGACGUGACAACACUCUUUGACCUUGAAGAAUUGAUAAAUUCAUAUAAAGAACUUCAAAAUUGGGUGAAAUUGAGACUUAGUGAUCUCAAAAUAUCAGAAUAUUUGUUGCUUCUUGCUACAGAGCCAGUUGUUGGGGUUAAAGCAAAAUCUACAAAAAAGAAUAGAAGAAAAAGUUGA